AUGGCCGACGCCAUCUUGAGCCCGCGCGGGAAGCGCCCCGUCGUGGCGCCUGCGAAGCGCCAGGAAGACGUUGCCAAGGAGCUCGUCGAGCAAGAGAUCGAGCUGCUCGGCUGCGGCCGCUUCCACGUCCGCAUGGCAUGGUACGUCCGCACUGCCUCAUGCUCGCAUGCCCACGCCGCGUGUAGCGUUCUCGGCCUUGGCAACGCGGCCGACGCCGUCGAGAUCCUCUCGAUGGGCUACAUCCUCGGGUCCUACCCCGAGCCCAUGACGGGCUGGGAGUCGAGCCUCGUGUCGUCGUCUGUCUUUGUCGGUAUGCUCAUCGGUGGCAUCGUCGGCACGGUCCUCGGCGACCAGUACGGCCGUCGCGUGCUCAUGCUCGCGUCGCUGGCGCUCAACGGCUGUUCGGGCCUCUGCGCCGCGUUCAGCCCGACGUUGAGCUACAUGGUCUUCUUCCGCCUCCUCGCUGGCGUCGGGAUUGGUGGUAUUGCGCCGAUGCUGUUUGCUGUCUGCCUUGAGCACGUGCCGCAGUCGGCGCGCGGCAAGUACAUUACCAUCAUCUCGGCGUUCUGGAUGGUGGGCUCGAUCUUCACUGCGUGCUUGGCGUGGACGAUGCUCGGAUGCUACUGGGGCACGGACGACCGCAUCCUGGACGUCUCGUGGCGCACGUUCAGCGCGACAGCGAGCAUCCCGGCCUUCAUCGCGUGCGGCCUCACGUACGCCUACGUACCCGAGAGCCCGCGGUACCUCGUCGCCAAGGGCUACCUCAAGGAGGCGUCCGAGACACUCGCCUACAUCUACGCUGUGAACGGCUCGUCGCGCAUGCCGGCCUUCCUGGGCCCGGACGACGACCGGCUCAGUGUCGACGAGGUCUCGGCGUCGCACCAGCUGCAGACGCGUCGGGACUCGCUCACGUGGUACGACCGGUGGAGUCUGCUCUUGACGACGCCCGCGCCGUCGUCGAGCUUUGAUUUGCGCUUUACGACCUUGCUGCUGCUCGUAUCAACCUUUUGCCUCAGCUUUGGCUCGUAUGGUAUCUCGACCUGGAUCACGCGCGUGUUUCAGUCGACAAACGUGCACAACCCGUACGCCAACGACAUUUUGUACGCGUCGGCCGCGCUGCCCGGCAACCUCAUUGGGCUGUUCCUCGUCGACUCGUGGGGCCGCCGGCCUCUCUUUGCAGCGUCGCUCUUCCUCUCGGCGACCUGCGGCUUUGUGUUUUCGCUCAACAGCUCGGCCCACGAAGGCUUCAUCGUGGCCAUCUGCUGCCUCUUCCAAGCCGGCACGACCAUGGCCUGGAUCGGCUACGAUGUCAUGUCGGCCGAAGUGUACCCGCUCAACAUGCGCGUCUCGGCGCUUUGCUUUUUGAGCUCGACCGGUCGCCUCGGCGCGACCUUCGCGCAGCUCGUGAACGGCCUCCUCAUGGGCCCGCCGGCGCACAUUGAAGCGCUGCUGCUGGUGACGACGACAGUCAUGGCGAUCGGUGGCAUCGCCGUGCUCUUCCUCCCCGAGACCGAGUACUUUGACGAGCCCAACGAUUUGCCGCAGCGGCAGACCGAGACGCACCCGCUCUUGGCGUAGUAGUGACAUUUGGUAGGAAUACAUGUAUGAUGAAGAGGAA